AUGGACGAUGAAACUGAUGUAAUAAGUGUGUUGGAAAAACUCGUAUUUAGUUUUAUUCUAAAAUUAUUAGAUAAAAAACAAAAAAAAGUUAUCUCAAAAAAUAAUAUAAUUGAAAUAACAAGAUUAUAUUACAUUAUUGAAAUAAUACUCAAAAACAUUAAUGGGAAUAUAUACACAACAUUGAGGCAAAUAUUUUAUACCAAUCCUCAAUUGUUUAUAUCACAAAAUAUUUCAAAUAGAACAAUAGGAAAAUUAACACAAAUUAUAAAAAAACCAAGGGAAAUAUUAAAUAUAUAUAAUUCUCCUAAGGGAAUAAUUAGGGGAAACCUAUUAUUAAAAGAAAGAAAUUUAAGCGAUUGGAUUGACUGCAUGAGUAUUUUUGAAACAAGAGGACAUUUAAUAUCCCCGUUCGGAAUAAUAGAUUUAAAAAUACCAACAACUGUGAAAUAUGUUUUAAUAAUUGAAAAAGAGACAGUAUUUUUUAAACUGCUUCAAUCAAAUUUCAUAUCUAAAUAUGGACCCCUAAUUUUAAUUACUGCUAAGGGAUUUCCAGAUAUAAAUACCAGACAACUCAUAUACGAAAUUCAGAAAAAAAAUAAAACUCUAAAGUUUUUUUGCUUAACUGAUUACGAUGCUUAUGGUUUGAAUGUUGCUUUCACUUAUUCCGCAAAAUUCGAGUCAAAAGUUUAUUAUAUGGACGAUAUAUCAAUUAAUAAUUUGCAAUGGAUAAGCAUAUUUACUCCCGACGAAGGAAUUCGAAAAAAAGCUUUGAAAGAAACGGAUUUUAGUAAAUUAUCCUUAAAAGAUAUUCGAAUUAUGGACAACAUUUGCAUAAAGUUAAAGAGCAACACCAAAUUUGGAGUUUCUGAAGCAAAUCGAUGGAUAGAACAAGUUAAUAAUAUGAAAAAAUCAGGAAUAAAAUACGAAAUUGAUGCAAUAGCAGAUAUGGAAAAACACUUAGAUACCAAAAUUAAAGAACUUCUUUAA